AUGGCUACGGGCUUGGUGAAGUGUGAGGAACAGAUAGCCAAGUGCAAUGAAAACGGUCCCGGGAAAUCUCCUGUCGCAGAGUUCUGCGAGCAAGCUGUAGCCACCUGCGAGAAAGUCGUUCUCGUCCCAGUUGUGGAGGCAAAUAUAAGCGU